UUGCAUACUGGUGUGCACGCAGGUUGGCGGACGACGUUGGUGCUCGGUGCUGGCUCGGCUUCAGUCCUCCGUCAACCACCGCGCUCGCCGCUCGCGCGCCGCGCCGCGCCCAUGGACUACGAUCGACCAAACGAACACGCGUAUCUCCACAUUUCUAAUCUUUCUACUUCUCUUAAAAUCGAAACCAUAUCGGAACGAGUUACCGAAUCGCGAGAUUAAAUAAAAUGAUUGUAGUCAGUCAGUUUAGAGAACUUUUACCGACUUUCGAACACGCAGCUCACUAACGAUUGACAUAUCCUAUGCUCCUCACCGUUGAUCCUGCUUGACAUUGUUUUCUUUCUUCACCAUGCAACUCAAAGGAACAUUUUACCAAAACCUAUUUAUACACAAGAAGCGACUGAAACUUUCUACUUGCAACCUUUGAAAACUAUACACAGAAUUUAUAAAACUAUUUACACUGUUUUAUAAAUGGUUUUAGACAUUUCUUUAUCCCCUUUAACUGGUCCAAAGACCUUUAAGAAAAGUUAAGUGUGACCAAAGACAUUAAAAAUAAAUAAAAUAAUAGUAAUAGUGCGUGUGGAAUUAUCUAGAAUUUAAAUACCUAGUGUGUGGUUUUGUCUCAAGUGUUAAAAACAAAUUAAGUGUGCCAUUAGGAACUAGUUCUAAACUUUAAUAAUAGACUAUAGUGUGUGUCUUUGUGUGGAUUGUGUAUUAGCGUGCUAUAUACUGAAAACGGAUGAAGAUGCCUUGUGUGGACUUGAAGCUGAAGUGGCCCGAAGACAAUUCCUAGAUCAAAGAUCCUAUGGCUCAGUUACCCUCCCAUUAAACAUUCCUUCUUUCCUCUAUUUCAUAACCAAUAUAGAAUACGUUUAAAACAUUCCACGGUUUUCGUCUUCUUCUAUACUUUGUGAAAUCAAACCUCUAUUAAGAGCGAAAAAAACAACGUUGAGACUGUUAGAUUAAGAAAAGUGGUAGAUAAAUACGCGCGUGAACCUCUUCGGAGGGCGCGAGAGGCCGGCGCGAUGCGGUCUCACCAGGGAUGUACGUAAUAUAUCCCGCGGACGAAGUAGUUACCCAAUCUUACGGCACACACUCGCUGCCCAGGCCCCGGCAGCGUCCCACGCUUGACGUCCUCUUCGGGCCGCCGCCGCCCGCGCCGUCCCGCGCGGACCCUCCCUUGGCCCCCAGCCCCCCGCCCCCCCGCGCCGCGUCCCUCCCCAAAACGGCGCCCCCGGAGCCCGCGGACCGCGCGCCGGCCUCGCCGACGCCCUCUAUCGAGCGGCCGGCUAAGCUGCGCGAGCGCACCAAAGCGAGCAAACUGCUCAAAAAACUCGGCCGUCAUGAGGACAACGAAUUCGGAAAAAUAGUUAGAACCCCCGCUCCUGAUGAAUUCGAGCUUCCUGCCCCGCUGCCGACUCCCGCUUUCUCGCGGAAGAAUAUAUUCGACCGUGAUUUCGAUGCACUGUUUGAAGUGGCGAACUCGCCACAAUUCACUGCUAAGAUCCGCGUCACCACUCCAGAGCCGGAUCGCCGGUCUGAUGUGUCAGCGGCGCACUUUCCCUCCCCGGCCACAUCUUCACUCAGCCUUCUCCCUCCGCGCCCCAACUCCGCGCCUAGUCCUUCGCCGUUUUCCUUCAGAACCUCGACGCCUUCACCAUCGCCUCAACGAUCGUCUUUUGAAGGUUCAAAUACAAAACCGAAGAAAGUUAGUUUCUUUCGAAGGCUGAGUCGUGCUAAGACCGAGUCUGAACCGAUGCAGCCUCGCACAGUAAUGCAGCAGCAGUCCAUAGACAUGGCUCUGCGGGAGCUGACGCACCCCGCACACAACGAGCAGCUCAAGAACCAACAGCAAGUUACAUUCAAGCUAGUCAAAACAGUGGCAGACUUCACGACGCAGCUGUCGCAGAUCUACGACCGGCACUCCUCCGAGCUGCAAGUGCUCGUCGCCAAUUUUCGGAAAAAGAACGGCGAACUCAAGAAAGAGAGAGCAUCAUGCCCGUCAUCUCUCUUCCACACAUGGGAAACGCUACUGCAAGAAGUGGAAGCAGAUGUGAUCGCCAACAACAAUGCGGCAACAGCGCUGGAACGCAACGUCGCCGCGCCACUGGUGGACCGCACGUUCCAUAUGAAGGUGCAGGCCAGGAAGCUGUUCGCGCACCGAGAAGGAUGCGAAGUCAUUCUGGCGAAGGCUGAUGAUCAACUUACUAAGAGCCGGCAGGACUACCGCGCGGCGUUCGUGCACUACUGCAACAGCCCGAGUCCAAGCGCGUUGGCCGCUUACUACGACUCCCACAACACCUACGUCCAGCAGCUGACAGCCACCAACGCCAUGCUGGACCAGUACCACAAAUACACUCUACCUACUAUAUUACAGGACCUGGAGGAAAUAUUGACGGACGUGACCACGGCAGUCAGCGAGGCCAUUUGUAAUGAAGGGGGGAUUAUCACGGAUAAGUCGAACCAGCAGCUUCGGCGCUACGAGUCGCUCUGCGCGCAAGCUCGCGCAGUGUCGAGUACAGCGGACCUCGCGCACCUGGCGCGCGCUCUGCUGACGUCUCAACCGCCGGCGCGCCCGCCCCGCCGCGAGUUCUUGCCGCCGUACCCACCUGAACCUGAUGACCCGCCACUCGACGUUGCUGCGGAGGUGAUGCCACCGGUGUUGCGUGGAGAAAUGCUACUGGAUCGCAUGGGCGGCGGACAGGCGCGCAUGAGCUACGAGCAGCUGCGCAAGGAUGCGCAAGACCUGGAGAUGCAGAUCAAGCAACUACAGGAUGGAUUGGAGGUGCUCGCCCGGCACCAGGCUCGCGGGUUGGAGACAAACAUGUACAGCAAAGUCAACGAGAUACAAGAGGACAUAUCUAUGAAAAAAUAUGACUACAGGGCGACCCAGCUUCAUCUUGCUGCAGUACGAGCUCAGAGAGAGCUAUUCGCAGCGAAAGCAGAUAGCGGGACAGCGGCAGUCGAUCGCAAACUCUCUUCGUCAUCCGCCGGCAGCAUGAAGAAUAAAUGGUUGAAAGCGUUCCGCAGCCUGAAGCCCCCCAGCGCUCCCCCACCCCAUGCUGCGCCACCAGACAAGAGGAACGGCGCGGGCAGAGAGGCUCUCCGCGGUGACUCAGACGCGCACAACUUCCAGGAGUACACUUACAAGAAGAUAACGCCCUGCGAUGUCUGCUCGCAAGUUCUUAGAGGGCACACGCGCCAGGGGCUCCGCUGUCGCCUGUGCAAGCUCAACGUGCACGCGGACUGCAUGCCGCAGGUCGGCAAAUGUCAGACCAAGUCCCGCCUGCUGCGCCGCCAGAAGAGCACCUCGGAGAUCGAGUCUCACCGCGUACAGGAGGCCGCUUUCGAUGAAGAUAGGUCGAUGAAGAACUCGAAGAGUGCCCAAAUGUUGAGGCAGGCCGACCGCGCCAGUCCAUUACCUGGUUCGAGCAAGGCACUUUGCACGAGGCAUGGCUUUACUAAGAUUAAUAAGCAUAUGAUACAUAACUAUACCACACGAUCGUCGCCAUCAUCACCGGUGCAUAGCAGGCGGCUGCUGAGCGCUCGUGGGGGAAGAAUGAGUAGCGUGGAACUGCCCGAUGAGCCUGACAAGAGUCUUUCGUCGAACAGUGCGAGCCCUUGCCCGUCGCCUGUCAAGCAGACUAGUAAGCAUCAGCGCCUCCUACCAACCAACCUCUACGUGAUCCUCUACAACUUCAAAUCGCGGCACGCCGACGAGCUCGAUCUGAAGGCGGGGUACAAGGUCACGGUCAUCGACACCUCGGACCCAGAUUGGUGGAAGGGCAAGUGCCUGGGCAAGAUCGGCUACUUCCCCUCCAAAUAUUGCACGAAGCUGCAGGCUGGGGAGCGGCCGCUGCAAGUUACGCAUAAUUUACAGGUAUCUGACGGCGACAAUGGUCUAAUGCUCCUGCGAGACCAGAUCGUGAUCCAAGUGGGCGACGAGGUUGACGGCAUGGUCAUGAUCCGAUCGGGCGACAACCGUCAGGGCGUGUGUCCGAUCAAGUUCCUACAAGAGGUGUGACGCUUCAGAAGAUCAUACUACGAUUUCAUGACAAAACGCGGAUCAUUCACCGAAGAAACUCAUACGCUCUACGUUCCGAAACCCACACAAAGUGCUCCCGUCACCCCCUGCGACAGCGAAACCUCCACCUGGUCUGACCGAGCCUCAUCCAGCCGAGAGAGACAGUACUACGAACUACCCUCCACCUCAGACACGCGUUAUGAGGUGCCGAGCUCCACCGCCCGCUACGAGGGCGCGA